AUGGAGGGCCUGCUGAAGAAGACUACUGGCCUCAUGGGGUUGGCUGUGUGUGAGAGUCCACACGAGAGGCUAAGAAUAUUGUAUGCAAAGAUUCUUGAUGUCCUUGAACAAAUCCCUAAAAAUGCAGCAUAUAGAAAAUAUACAGAACAGAUUACAAGUGAGAAGCUGGAUAUGGUUAAAGCAGAACCAGAUGUUAAAAAUUUAGAAGACCAGCUUCAGGGUGGCCAAAUAGAAGAGGUGAUUCUUCAGGCUGAAAAUGAACUAAGUCUGGUGAGAAAAAUGAUACAAUGGAAACCAUGGGAACCUUUAGUGGAAGAGUCUCCUGCCAACCAAUGGAAAUGGCCAAUAUAAUCAUCAUCAAAUGACUUGUGUGUUGAAGGG